AUGGCAGCUCAUGCGCUCACGGGAUUUUCGGUUGUUAGCUUACUCAGUCUUGGCUACCUGUCCUGGGACUGGGGCAAGCCAAACCAGGUGGAGAAGGACCUUUCUUCGGACUUCAAAGGAGGGGGUCCUGCGUUCAAGCCCAGGCAACCUCCGCACAUCAUCUUCUUUCUGACAGACGACCAAGGUUUCAACGACAUCGGCUACCACAGCUCCGAUAUCCGUACCCCGACGCUGGAUAAGUUGGCCGCGGAAGGCGUGAAGCUGGAGAAUUACUACGUUCAACCGAUCUGCACGCCGUCACGCAGUCAGCUGAUUACCGGCAGGUACCAGAUCCACACAGGCCUCCAGCACUCCAUUAUCCGGCCCCGGCAGCCCAACUGCCUGCCCCUGGACCAGGUGACGCUGCCACAGAAGCUGCAGGAGGCGGGUUAUGCCACCCACAUGGUGGGCAAGUGGCACCUGGGCUUCUACAAGAAGGAGUGCCUGCCCACACGGCGUGGCUUCGACACCUACUUUGGGUCUCUGACAGGCAGCGUGGACUACUACACCUACGACUCCUGCGACGGGCCAGGGCUGUGCGGCUACGACCUGCACGAGGGUGAGACGGUGGCCUGGGGCCGGGGGGGCAAGUUCUCCACCCACCUGUACACCCAGAGGGUGCGUAAGAUCCUGGCUGCCCAUGACCCCCGCCAGCCCAUCUUCAUCUUCCUGUCCUUCCAGGCAGUGCACACACCCCUGCGGCCCCCAAAGGGCUACAUCUACCCCUACCGGGGGAUGGGCAACGUGGCCCGCAGGAAGUACGCAGCCACGGUGUCGGUGGUGGACGAGGCGGUGCGCAACGUCACCUAUGCCCUGCGCAAGUACGGCUACUACCGGAACAGCGUCAUCAUCUUCUCCACCGACAACGGGGGCCAGCCCUUUUCUGGGGGCAGCAACUGGCCGCUAAGGGGCCGCAAGGGGACAUACUGGGAGGGGGGUGUCCGUGGUCUGGGGUUCGUGCACUCCCCCCUGCUGAGGCGGCGGAGGAGGGUGAGCCGGGCGCUAGUGCAUAUCACGGACUGGUACCCGACGCUGGUGCACCUGGCGGGGGGUAACGUCUCCCAGAGCGACGGGCUGGACGGGCAUGACGUGUGGCCGGCGAUCAGUGAGGGGAAGGAGUCUCCGCGGCGCGAAAUCCUGCACAACAUCGACCCGCUGCACGCCCGUGCCCGCCAUGGCUCCCUGCGGCACGGCUUCCGCCUGUGGGACACGGCGGUGCAGGCCGCCAUCCGGGUUGGGGACUGGAAGCUGCUGACGGGCGACCCGGGGCACGGCGACUGGAUCCCGCCACAGACGCUGGCCAACUUCCCCGGCCGCUGGUGGAACCUGGAGCGGCGGGCGGAUGUGCGUAGGUCAGUGUGGCUCUUCAACGUCACCGCCGACCCCUACGAGCGGCACGAGCUCUCGGCCCGGCGGCCGGACGUGGUCAGGCAGCUGCUGGCGAGGCUGGCGCACCACAACCGUACCGCUGUGCCCGUGCGCUACCCGGGCGAGGACCCCCGUGCCAACCCCGAGCUCCACGGGGGCGCCUGGGGGCCCUGGGCCGACGACGAGGAAGAGGAUGACGUUUGGGAUGGGGCGUACCCCAGGAAGAGCAGGAACAAGAAGCAGAGGAAGAAAUGCAGGCUCUGCAAGCUGAGAUCCUUCUUCAGGAAGCUCAACACCAGGAUCAUGUCCAACAGGAUAUAG